AUGGCCGAAGGUGAGGACAUCCAGCCACUCGUCUGCGACAAUGGCACCGGAAUGGUCAAGGCUGGUUUCGCCGGAGACGACGCGCCGAGAGCUGUGUUCCCCAGCAUCGUCGGCCGGCCUCGCCACACAGGCGUGAUGGUCGGAAUGGGCCAGAAGGACGCCUACGUCGGCGACGAGGCUCAAUCCAAGAGAGGCAUUUUAACUCUGAAAUAUCCCAUCGAGCACGGCAUCGUCAACAACUGGGACGACAUGGAGAAGAUCUGGCACCACACCUUCUUCAACGAGCUUCGUGUUGCUCCGGAGGAGCAUCCCAUUUUGCUCACCGAGGCGCCGCUCAACCCCAAGGCCAACAGGGAGAAGAUGACUCAGAUUAUGUUCGAAACCUUCAACGCUCCGGCGAUGUACGUCGCCAUUCAGGCCGUCCUCUCCCUUUACGCCAGCGGUCGCACAACCGGUAUCGUGCUGGAUUCCGGUGAUGGUGUGAGCCACACCGUCCCAAUUUACGAAGGAUAUGCUCUGCCUCAUGCCAUCCUUCGCCUGGACCUCGCCGGCCGUGAUCUCACGGAUGCCCUGAUGAAGAUCCUCACCGAGAGAGGCUACUCCUUCACGACCUCCGCCGAGAGGGAAAUCGUCAGGGACAUCAAGGAGAAGCUCGCCUACGUUGCUCUGGAUUUCGAGCAGGAGCUGGAGGGUUCGAAGAGCAACUCCUCCGUCGAGAAGAACUACGAGUUGCCGGACGGGCAGGUGAUCACCAUCGGCGCUGAGAGGUUCAGGUGCCCGGAGGUUCUGUUCCAGCCAUCCAUGAUCGGAAUGGAAGCCGCCGGCAUCCAUGAAACCACUUACAACUCCAUCAUGAAGUGCGACGUGGACAUCAGGAAGGACUUGUACGGCAACAUCGUUCUCAGCGGCGGCACGACCAUGUUCGCCGGAAUCGCCGACCGCAUGAGCAAGGAGAUCACUGCCCUGGCCCCCAGCAGCAUGAAGAUUAAGGUGGUCGCCCCUCCGGAACGAAAGUACAGCGUCUGGAUCGGUGGCUCCAUCCUUGCUUCCCUCAGCACUUUCCAGCAGAUGUGGAUUUCCAAAGUGGAGUACGAUGAAUCUGGGCCCUCCAUCGUCCACAGGAAGUGCUUUUAG